AUGGGGUCGUGGGACAGCGCCUACGAGGACGACGCCAUGGACACACGCAAGCUCUAUUGCAAAGCCCUCGUGCACGCCUCCGGGGGGAGCCGCCUGGCGCGCGACUGGAUCGCGGGAUGCGCUGCUCUCACCAGCCCCGAUCCAUCCCUUAUCUACACAGCACUGCAGCACGCCGCGACGGAGGCGGAUGUGGAGGAGCUGCGAGAGCACAUUCUUGGGCGUCUGCUCGCGCAGGAAAACCCCAGGCGAGGCGGCCGCAGUGGCGGCUCGCGUGACAACCAAGUGCGGACGAACUUUAGCAUGUAUGAAGAAAGCGAGAAGGAGGUGGUGGUACCCGGCACAGGCAACAUUGCGGCCGAGCGAGCCGUAGCACCGAACUGCGCGGGGCACUCCAGCAUCCAUGAGCGCGAUGGCGAGGAUGGCGCAAGUGAGGCCGCUUCACCGCCGAUCACCUCAGAGGAUAUUCGCGAUGCCGAGUACUACCUCCUCCAGCGCUCGCGAGAGGUUCGCUGCUUCAUGUACGACGCCAUGACCGCUAGCCUCUUCCAUAGUAAUAGCGACCUGCGCACGGUCGAGGCGGCACGGCGACACACCUUCGGGAUCGGCUUGACCAAAUUCGGUCUUUCCUUCGAUGAGCUGACGUCGCUCUGGCGCCUGGUGGAGGCGGAGUUGCUGCUGAAAAAGGAGAAGAUCAAAGUGCUUGGACAGCCGUGGGGCGAGUAG